CAGACAGCUGGGAAAUCAUUGAGGGGCUGAAAAUCGGCCAGAGCAACGUCCAGAGGCCCGAUAAACACGAGGGGUUCAUGUUAAAGAAGCGGAAAUGGCCCCUGAAAGGCUGGCACAAGCGUUUUUUUGUUCUGGACAAUGGUAUCCUGAAGUACUCCAAGACCCCUAUUGAUAUCCAAAAAGGCAAGCUUCAUGGCAGCAUUGACGUCGGCCUCUCAGUCAUGUCCAUCAAGAAGAGAGCCCGACGCAUCGACCUGGACACGGAGGAGCACAUCUACCACCUGAAGGUCAAAUCUCAAGACAUCUUUGAUGCUUGGGUUUCCAAGUUGCGUCAUCACCGGCUUUACCGACAGAACGAGAUUGUGCGAUCUCCCCGAGAGGCCACCAUGCGGACGUUCCCUCCCCCACCCGCUGCCAUGGAGUCCCCCCAACCGGCCUCCAGUGUGGUAAGCGAAGCCAAGCAGGCCAAGCCGAGCAGCUUGCCGUGGCAGCCGGUUGCCCCGAGCAGCAACAGCAGCCUGCCGGCCUCCUACAGCAACGGCCAGAGCAAGGUGGUUGCUUGGCUGCAGGAGUCAGAGGAGAUGUACAAGUGCUCAGAGGAGCUCUCGCGAUGCCAGUCCAACCUGACCGAACUGAGCCGGCUCCUGCAGAGUUUGGAGAUUCUUCAAAGGACACAGUCAGCACCCAACUUCACAGAAAUGCAGAGCAAUUGUGUAGAAUUGUCAAAGAAAGAAAAGCGCUUGAACAGAAGAUGGAGAACAAAAAGUGUCGGCAAAGACGCAAAAUUCCAGCUUCAGGUCCCUCUGUCUGCCAGUAUGUCCCCCGUCCGCCUCCACUCCUCCAACCCCAACUUGUGUGCCGAGCUGGUGGACUUUCAAGCCCCUGCCUCCCGGCUGACGGACAGCGUAGAGUCUGCCAGUGACUACAUCAAACUUCAGGAGGAAUUCUGCACCAUCGCCCAGAAAGUCCACUCGCUGCUGAAGUCGGCCUUCAACACGGUGGCCAUCGAGAAAGAAAAGAUCAAACAGAUUCUGUCUGACCAGGAGCAGACGGACCAGUCGGCCCAGAUCAACUCUCUCAGGAAGUCUCUGUCACAGGCCCUGUCCCAAAACGCAGAACUUCGAACCCGACUCAACCGCAUCCACUCUGAGUCUGUCCUGACUGAACAAGUUGUCAGUGUGAACAUCGUCUCCACGCCUGACGAGGCUGGAGAACAGAUUGGGAUCCCUCUGACUCAGCAGGCCUCUAAUGAGAGUCGACUCUCCAUGUCGGAGUCUGUCUCCGAAUUCUUUGAUGCCCAGGAAGUUCUUCUGUCAGCCAGCUCGUCGGAGAAUGAGGGCUCAGACGAUGAGUCAUAUGUCAGCGAUGUGAGCGAUAACAUUUCCGAGGACAACGCCAGUGUGACCGAUAACGUCUCCAGACAAAUGGCCAAUGGAGACUUUGCUGGCAGUGCCUUCCGUAACGGGCGGCGCAGCUGCCUGCCAUCGCCGUGCCCCGACACCAGCAACAUCAACCUCUGGAACAUCUUGAGAAACAACAUCGGCAAAGACUUGUCCAAAGUGUCCAUGCCGGUGGAGCUCAACGAGCCGCUCAACACCCUGCAGCGCAUGUGUGAGGAGCUGGAGUACAGCGAGCUGCUGGACAAAGCUGCUGAGACCGAGGACCCCUUUGAACGCAUGGUUCUCGUUGCUGCUUUUGCCGUCUCCGGCUACUCAUCCACCUACUACAGAGCAGGAAGUAAGCCAUUCAACCCGCUGCUCGGGGAGAGUUAUGAAUGUAUUCGGGAAGACAAGGGCUUCUGCUUUUUCUCCGAACAGGUGAGCCACCACCCCCCCAUCUCCGCCUGCCACUGUGAGUCCAAGAAUUUCACCUUCUGGCAAGAUGUGAGAUGGAAAAACAAGUUCUGGGGAAAGUCUAUGGAGGUUUUGCCGAUCGGGACCGUGAACCUCAUGAUUCCCAGGUUUGGAGAUCAAUAUGAAUGGAACAAAGUCACCACCUGUGUGCACAACAUCCUCAGUGGCCGACGGUGGAUCGAACACUACGGGGAGAUCACCAUCAGAAACACAAAGAGCAGCGCGUGCCUCUGCAAACUCACCUUUGUUAAGGGAAACUACUGGAGUUCUAAUGUGAAUGAGGUGCAAGGGUUUGUGAUGGAUCAAGAAGGGAAAGUCAUCCACAGGCUUUUUGGGAAAUGGCAUGAGGGUAUUUACUGUGGUGUCCCACCUUCUGCCAAAUGCGUCUGGAGGCCAGGCUCCAUGCCCACAGACUAUGAGCUGUACUACGGCUUCACCAGGUUCGCCAUCGAGCUGAACGAGCUUUGCCCCGAGCUGAAGGAUGCUCUGCCUCGUACAGACGCCCGCUUCAGGCCCGAUCAAAGGCAUCUGGAGGAGGGGAACCUGGAGAUGGCCUCUUCAGAUAAGCAGCGCAUUGAGGACCUGCAGAGAGUCAGGAGGAAGUGGAACGAGGAGAACAAUAUCAAAAUGGAGCCACGCUUCUUCAAGAAAGUGGUUGAUUCCAACCACAGGGAGCGGUGGGUCUCCAACAACACGUACUGGGAGCUGCGCAAAAACCCCGGCUUCAUCAACAUGGAGUCUACGGUGAACCUAUGGUAGCACACGGAGAAACAUGCGUCCGUCAUAUCGUCAUCGCAGGCACGACAGCCGUAACCUAUGCACAAUGAGGUGUUGAGAGGGACAUGUUGAGAGAGACAUGUUGAGAGAGACAUGUUGAGAGGGACAUGUUGAGUGAGACAUGU